CGCUAGCCAAGCAGUUAGCCGUCGCGCUAAAUUGAGCUAACGUGGCUAACAAGCGAUACUCUCGCAAUUAAAUACCGUUUAAAAAAUUCAGUUGUGAGUCUUUGGCACCACCCCAGUGCUGUUGGCUCUGAGAAAACGUGUUGUGACAUAAUAGUCGAGUAGUUUUCUCACACACAGGCGGUUAAGGGCGACUUGACGCUAGCUGCUUAAACAGCUGCACCUAGCGUGCUCAGGUAAACAUUAACCUGAGUGGCGUGACACUUCCUGAAUUCCUGUGUCUUGACAUGAGAAUGGUGACAAAUCAGCGGAGGAACACUAGGCUCUUUAUGUGCAACACACAAACAACCGAUUCGUUACUCAGUCGAUACGUGUUUGUGUGUGUGGCACCAGCCGGCUGUAACGAUAGAUAGUUCUUAAAUGUGCUGUUACUGUGAUGGAAUAUUCCCCCACGUCCAGCUAUGGUUUGCCAGGUUGUAAUAUCACCUGUGGAGAAGGUGUCUGGUUCGGCCAGAACUGUACUUUUGGUCAACAUCUGCAUUGUUUGGUCGUAAAUGUGACAGACCACACCAACACAUCCAGCCUCAGUAUGGGUCAGGACAGAGGGAAGUAUGAUUUUUACAUCGGUCUGGGACUGGCCAUCAGCUCCAGCAUCUUCAUUGGAGGCAGUUUUAUCCUCAAGAAGAAAGGUCUUUUGAGGCUGGCAAGGAAGGGGUCGAUGCGAGCAGGUCAGGGCGGUCAUGCAUAUCUAAAAGAAUGGCUAUGGUGGGCUGGUUUACUAUCAAUGGGAGCUGGUGAAGCAGCCAACUUUGCAGCAUACGCCUUCGCUCCUGCGACUCUGGUCACCCCACUGGGAGCCCUCAGUGUGCUUGUCAGUGCGGUGUUGUCGUCGUACUUCCUGACAGAGCGGUUAAACCUGCACGGGAAGCUUGGCUGCCUGCUCAGCAUCCUGGGCUCCACCACCAUGGUAAUCCACGCUCCGCAAGAGGAAGAGAUCAGCAGCCUCGAACACAUGACCAGGAAGCUGGUUGACCCAGGGUUUUUCUUCUUUGCCACUCUUGUCAUCAUCGUGGCCCUCAUCUUCAUAUUUGUUGUGGGUCCCCGCCACGGUCAGACCAAUAUCCUUGUCUACAUCACCAUCUGCUCAGUAAUUGGGGCACUCUCUGUGUCCUGCGUCAAAGGACUGGGUAUUGCCAUCAAGGAAGCAAUCGCCGGGAAGAACGUAGUGAGAAACCCACUGGCAUGGAUCUUGCUUUUAGGUCUGGUGGCCUGUGUGAGCACGCAGAUCAACUACUUGAACAAGGCACUGGACAUAUUCAACACCUCCCUGGUGACUCCCAUCUACUACGUGUUCUUCACCACAUCUGUGCUGACCUGUUCGGCCAUCCUCUUCAAGGAGUGGGGGCACAUGGGCACGGACGACGUGAUCGGCACCCUCAGCGGCUUCCUGACGAUCAUCGUGGGUAUCUUCUUGCUCCAUGCCUUCAAAGACGUCAGUGUUAGCUUGGCUACUCUGGCUGUGUCCAUGAGGAAGGAAGAACGAGCCUUUCCCGCAGCCAACGGCAUGGGGUCCCACAGCACCUAUGAACUGCUACACAGUGAGUCUAACGAGGACAUGGAGGACAGAGAAAUGGGCUUGCCUUUUGAUAGCGUCUCUAGAAGAAAUGGGGCAAUGACGUCCUCAUUGGAUCAUUAAGGAACUUUUGUCCCCAGUCCUACUGACUCACCAACCAUGGCAUUGUUAUGGUGUAUGAAAACAAUAAGACAAUCAGCUGUAUGGGGAAAGUGACAGACCAGUGGAUUGUAUUUAAUGUUUUAAUUUGCCUUACUUUUCUCAGAAUAUGACCCGCUCAUAUUCAGUCAAUUAGAACUUAAUUUCAUUCCUCUGUAGCGCUGUAAAUGAGUUUUUUAAGAAACGUUUUGUUAUAUGUACAUGUAUAUUCAUGCACUGACUUACUUUCUAUAAAUCAAAAGGAUAAAGGUUUUAAUAUAUAUUCUAUACGAGCUCCUGCUGACGAUGACUACAGUUAAAAGGACAGUCACUAUGAUUUGAGGUUUUUUUUUUCGUGAUACUUGACAGUAAAAACAAUUUUGGUUGGAAGUCAUUCUGAACUUUUUUUGUAGCGUUUACAUGAAAAGCUCUCAAGAUGAACCAACAGAUUUGUUACAUAUUUAUUGAAUUAAAAUGAUUAAAACAUUUGAAACACAAGGCACAGUGAAUAAAUGCUUAACAUGA